CUCUCUCUCUCUCUCUCACUCCAAACUCUGUUGGCCAAAGAAAACCAAUGCCAUCUGCCGUCCACCACCUGCUCCGGCCACCGACUAAAUUAAAGAUCCCGAAGCAUGAAUAAUGGCAUAUACCUUUUUACUAUUACUGAGAUGUAUGUGAUAUUGGCUUUGCCAGUUUGAUAUAUCUCAGUGAUGGAUUUUAAAUAUAAAGGCAUAGGCUGGGUAGGGGACGUUUAUCAGACGUUUGAAACGCUGUGCCAUGAGGUGGAUAAUAUUGUGAAUCAGGACUCUGUCAAGUAUGUUGAAAAUCAGACACAGAGUGUGGGUAAAAGCAUGAAGAGAUUUUAUUCUGAUGUCAUACAUGAUAUAUUGCCUCCUUUAAAACACGAAAAAGAAAGGGCGGCUUUAAAAAGAAGUGCUACAAUCGAUACCCAUGUUAAAUCCACAGCGGCUAUUGAGGAGGAUCACAUAUACACUGUUGAUAAGCUAUCACAUGUUGAGGCUGUUGCAGUAGAUCCCAUUGAAAUGCAGCUUGGUCAUGCUUCUAAUGAACUUUGCCUUUCAGAUCAACUCUGUACUCCGACAUUUAUUGAUGGGGCAGAGUCAGACAUGAUGCCGGGACAAACUAGCGAUGGUUUGAAGAAUACAUGUUCCGAUGUAAACAUAGAAAAAAAUGGCCUAAUGGAAAAAACAUCUGGGUCUGAUGUUGUAGAGUUGAUAUAUCCUAGCGAGGAAGAAUCCUUUGGAGCUUUGGUGAAUGAAUGUAUUGAUUGUAAAGAUAAAAAUACAUGUGCGGUUGUGGGUGAAGUUUUUUUCAUACUAUUUCAGUGCAUGAUACGGAGUUUCUAACCCCUGAAGAAGAGGGAACAGUUAAUGGUAGCAUCGCAGUUGAUGUGGUCCAAAAACAGCUUUGUUGUGCUUUUGGUGAGCUUUGCCUUGUAGACCAACCAGGUAAUUUUAAUUCUAUGGGUUCCCUUUUGGGGAAAGAACACAGAACUUCAAAACAAGUUGAUGUUUUGAAAGAUACAAAACCUGAAGUGAAUAUGGAAGCUGCCACAAUGGAAAAGUCUUCAGCAUCUGAGGUGUCACAGUUGAUCUCUCCUGUUGACAAGGAAUUCUGUGGUGCUUCAUUGUUGAGUGAAUUCAUUGAUUGUAAUGAUAAAGAACCAUGGCAGGUUGAAGCUGAGGUGUCUCCUGCUACUACAGUUCAUAAUGUGAGAAAGCCCUAUGCAUCUGAUGUUUUGGAGUUGAUCUCUCCUAGCGAGGAAGCAUCUUUUGGAGCAUUGAUGGUUCAUGAGUCUGUUGACUGUAAUGAUAAAAGUGCAUGUGUGGUUUGCACUGAUGUUUCUUAUGCAACUUCAGUUCACAAUGACCAAAACACGAGAAUGGUUAAGAAUGACCUUGCAAAUGACUCUGACUGUGUCUCGGAUGCUUCAUCUGGUAUUACUUCUUUGCAAAUGUCUUCUUCAGCCAUACGUUGUCAGGAAAAUAUGGCCGAGGUCAGAGUUGGUUCUUCUUGUGCUUCAAGAAUUAAGGACUUCUGUUUGCCUCAGAAUCCACCAGAAAACUUACCUGCAUACAAACAUCUUUAUCAUGACUCCAUUGAUGCAUCAUCUUCCUUGUUGACCCCACUUUUAUCGAAUGAGAAGAAGUUGACCGGGGCAUUAUCCAUUGUGUCUAGCAAUGAACUGUCCAUGGAAUCACUUGGAUCAAUAGAUGAUUCCAUUGAUGAUGUGAGUAUAUCUUCCAUGGAUACCAUUCAAUUACGUGACGAGAUGAAGCUUGAGGAUAGCUGUGUAAUCGUUGACAGCACUGCACUUUAUGCCGCCUCUCGUAUAAUAAGAAAGCACAGUAUCAUACAAGGUAUAUGUCGAACAUGGGUGCAGACACAGUACUUCAAGUACACAAGCUGCCUACUACUUUGUUGCAUCGAAAAGGAUCCAGGAUGCUUUAACUUCAAAAAAGAGGUUGGCAAAGGAGUACGAGCAGCUAGCGAUUUGGUUCGGAGACACGGACACGGGAUUAAACCACGAAUGUUUACAAACCCUACGGCCAUCUUGCACGAUGGCGACAUCAGAGUGCAACAAUAUACAAACAGAAGUUGCUGCAGCAGCUUCUUUUCUCUCUCUGCAAUUCAUUUCAACUCCCUAGGCCUAAGCUACCUUCAUCAACUCCUCUUUUGCUUCCCAUAUGUGCCGAGGCUGCCUUCAAUUCGACUGUCUUAGCAUCUCAAUAUUGAUGUUCCAGGUACUGUUCUCUUUUUCAACUGAAAUCCGUCAUUGCUGCUCUCUUUGGAAGACUGGGUUGGGUUUAGUUUUCAUUUUACCUUGCUUCUUUAAGAUGGGUUGAAUCUAAAACUCCCUUUUAACAUUUAAAAAUUAUUCAUUUUUCGAAUAGCUAUGAAUGCUUUAAAGAAGAUGGAAAUGGAGAGUUCGGAGUAUCACAAAAAUAAAUAUUUUUUUAUUAUUGUCGCUCAAAAAAGAAAACAGAAAACUGACAUAAAUGGAGCUAAUAUAAACUGAGGUAUAUACUGCUCCAAAUUACAAACACCAUAACAACAAAUCCGGAAUAGUCUUCUCUGAAAACCAAUGUCAAAGGGAAAAAGAGUUUGACAAGUUCAUACAUUGGGAAAAACCAUGAAGGCUCACAAACAAAUGGCUUUACCCUCCUAAACUACCAUCUCUAUUCAUUGAUCCUACGACCAGCCGAAGACAUAAUCGAGAACAUAAACGAGCGCCAAGGAGAAAGGAUAAAGGAUGUAAGCGAUUGAACAUGUCCAAAGAGGGAAAGUAGUUCGGAAACUAGCGAACGCGCCCAUCACGAUGCAAACAAUGAGAAUCACCAGCACUUCGGAUGAGAAGUCCCAUGUCAAUCCCCGGACGUAAACGAGUGCCAAGAAAACCGACAGGCAGAGAACGUUAUUCAUGGUUACUGCUCCGUAAAGCUGCAUUGAGGAAUUCGAAGAUUAGGAUUUAUUUAUACGGCAGCUUGAUGAUCAGACAAGUGGGGUAACAAGAAACUAACCUCGGAAAAUGUUAAUGAUGCAGUUCUCUGCUUUUUGCGGGUAGCGAAGAUAAUGGCUGAUACGGCUUCACUAGAGUUCGUAGCCAAUGGCAAUGCAAUAAAUGAGAUGAAGAACGAUGGAAUACUUGUUGCGGUUGAAAAGUUAUCGACAGCAUCUACGAGUGGAUCAGCAAAUGCAGCUGCAAUCAAGGUGCCUACUAGGAGCAUCAGUACUGCUUUGAAGGAGAUCCACCUUGGGUUUUCAACAUGUUCAACAACCUCAUCACUUUGUUCCUCUGACCCCAACAAAGCAUGUUCUCUCUUGGUUUGCUGCAGAUUUGCACGAUAAUUCGAAGAAUUCAGUUUGUGUUAAUUAUAAUCUCUAGAGAAGUUGCCAAUGGUCGACUUACCUGGUGAAAUUGGUCAAUAAACUUAAACGUUCCGGCGUUAGGUUCGAGAUAAGCACCCCCAGUUUGCUUUGCUUCAUUAAUCCACUUUGUGAUUCCUUUUACAAACUCUUCUUCUUGAAUAUAAGAGUCGAGGGAGGUAUCAAAAUCUGCCAUUACUUUCAUCACAGCGUCAUCCUUGUCGAAGUCUAUCUCUUCAAAUCUGAUCCCUAUAAUCAAUGCUUUCAACUCGGAAGGUGAAAGAUGACCAUCACGGUUCUCAUCGAUUGUCUCGAACAACCUAUCCAAUGUUGUUUAGAAAGUUUGUAAAUGUUAAGAGUAACCGGAAGGAAGUACCAGGAGAAAUUGGAAGCUUUUGCUUUAAUGUUAAAAGGUUCAAAACUAACUUUCUUAUGAUCUCUGUAUUAGGUUCACCAUCCUCGGUAAGAAGCUUUCCAAAAGCUUGCUUUUUCAAGUGUCUUAAGAUCCCCGAUAUAACAUGUUUGUGCUUCGCAAAAGCUAGUCGUCUUCUCUGGAUCCAUGGCUGAAAUACCUGCAAAUUACAUAUAUCAUAAGAUACAACUACUAGAAGAGUAGAAGUGUCAUGAAGGUA